UUGAAAACGCAACGUGAUGACGUGACAUCUGCGACGCAUCUCGCCACAGCCAUGCGCCAGUUGCAGCAUUGUUGUGGUAACCCUUGUGAUAAGUUAGCUAUUAACGAAUAGUUUGUGGCAUUGACGUGUUUUCUCGCCAAAGUUUAGUGUAGAAAGUGACAAAGGAGCUUAGGACGGCGGCAAGAGCAGCGGCGGAGCAACGUGCUGAGCCUCUUCCUCCUUGUCUGACGGCUGUGAGUGUGUCAGGACAGGAGGACUGCCAUGUAGUUAGGCAGAAGAAUGAGCAGUCAGCAUACUCUAACAGACGGGACAGACGAACUCACGGUCCAGCAGGAAAAUGAACUAGAAGCCCUCGCUUCUAUCUUUGGAGAUGAUUUCCAGGAUCUGCGGAACAACGAUCCGUGGAAGGUUAAAAGGCCUCCAGAGGUGUACCUCUGCCUGCGGCCCAACGGGCUGAACAACGGUGAGGAAUGCUACGUGACAGUGGACUUGCAGGUCAAAUGUCCACCCACAUACCCAGACGUGCCUCCCGAGCUGGAGCUGAAGAAUGCCAAAGGUCUGUCCAACGAAAACCUCCAGAACCUUCAGAGUGAGCUCACCAAGCUGGCAGCAGUGCGAUGUGGAGAGGUGAUGAUUUUCGAGCUAGCAGACCACAUCCAGGGCUUCCUGAGCGAGCACAACAAGCCUCCGCCACGCUCCUUCCAUGAGGAGAUGCUGAAGAACCAGCGCAGGCAGCAGGAGAAACGAGCCCAGGAGGAGAAGCGGAGGAUGGACCAGCAACGCAAGCAGGAGGAGGAGAUGGAAAAAGAGAUCAUGGCUGAAAUCCAAAGAAGAGAGGAGGAGAAACGGGAGGAAAAGAGAAGGAAGGAGAUCGCCAAACAGGAGAGACUUGAGAAUGUGGAGCAGUCAGUCUCUGCUAGCUCCACCCUGUUAGGGAAGAGCCCACCCAGCCCAGGUAGAGCUCCUUUUGAAAUGACAGAGGCCAAGAAAGCAGUCGGUAAUCGCCGUCGGACUACAUCGAAUACACGCCACAGACGUGACACAGUUAAUGAGGACAACCAGCGCUCGCAAGAGGUUCUUCACUUCAACAGCAACUUUUACGGUGAACUUGUCGUGCACAGUGGGAAAAGAUUAGGUGUAAGCGAGAGGCUCGGCCGGAACGUUUAUUAUGGAUUUGUGGCGAACUCGGGAGACUUUGCUGUGAUCUACGAGUGGUCACUGCGAUGGAACAGGAAGAUGGGCAAGUUCUUCACCACCCAGGAGAAAGGAAGGAUAGAGAUUUGCAAAAAGCAGAUCCACGGGGCAGAAAAUGAGUUCAACUCCCUCCUGAGGCUUGACCACCCAAACUUGGUGCGCUACACGGCAAUGAGCACCACUGAGAAGGAGGACUGCCUCGUGGUUAACUUGCUGGUGGAGCAUGUGGCUGGAACCAACUUGAACCAAAGCCUAAACACCAAUGGCCCGGUCCCUCUGGACAAACUGUGUCAUUACACAGCCCAGCUGCUGGAUGCUCUCGACUACCUUCAUUCCAACUCUGUGGUCCACAAACAGCUGGGGGCCUCAAGCGUGCUGGUGGAUUCUGAGGGCAACGUUCGUUUGACUGAUUACAGUCUAUCAAAGAGAUUCUCUGAUAUCUGCAAAGAAGAUAUUUUUGAGCAAGCCCAUGUGCGUUUCUCUGAGGACACAGCAAUGCCAACAAAAACGGGCAAAAAAGGGGACAUGUGGAACUUGGGGCUGAUGCUGCUGGCUCUGAGUCAAGGCAAGGAGGUGAAGGAAUAUCCAGUUACAGUGCCAGACAGCCUGCCUGCUGACUUCCAGGAUUUCCUCCACAAAUGUUUGUGCCUGAAUGAUGCUGACCGCUGGACAGCCCAGCAGCUUUUGGACCACUCCUUCAUCAAGCCUCCAUCACCUAAAAACCUGCCGCAGUCCCAGGAUGCCAGCCCAGAAGAUCUCGCCGUGGACUUGGUGCCAUCAGUCAUCCCACAGAGCCACCUCCUCAGUGCUCCAUUCAUCUCCGGGGUGCAGAGGCAGUUUUCUCGCUACUUCAGUGAGUUUGAGGAACUCCAGCUCCUUGGAAAGGGAGCCUUUGGUGCUGUCAUCAAGGUUCAGAAUAAUCUCGAUGGCUGCUACUAUGCCGUAAAGCGCAUCCAGGUCAACCCAGCCAGUAAGCAGUUCAGACGGAUCAAAGGCGAGGUGACACUGCUCUCACGCCUCAACCAUGAGAACAUUGUUCGCUACUACAACGCCUGGAUCGAACGGCAUGAGACUCCCUCGGUGGGCGUGCUUAGCAACACCGACAGCUCUGAGCCUCAGACCACUGCUGACAAAUCUCCUCAGUGCAAAAAGCUUCCACUGUGCCUCAACGAGCUGGGCCUUCCUGACAACGUGGAGGACAUUGCGCCGCCACCGGCUCUGUCGAGCUCUGUGGAGUGGUCCACCUCCAUAGAGAGAUCCUCCAGCGCCAAAUGUCGGGGACAUCAGUCAAGUGAUGAUGACGAUGAUGAUGAUGACGAAGAGGAGGAUGUUUUUGGUGCCUCUUUUUUACCAUCAGACAGCGACUCGAGAAGUGACAUCGUCUUUGACAAUGGCGAUGAAAGCAUGGACGAGAUGUCACUGGUUGAGCCAAGCAAAAGGCCGGUGAACAACACAACAGAGAGCUCAGACUUGGAACAAGUUCCUCUCACAGCCCAUUACCUGUACAUACAAAUGGAAUACUGUGAGAAGAGCACUUUAAGGGACACAAUAGAUCACGGCCUGCACCAGGACCAAAACCGGCUCUGGAGACUCUUCAGGGAAAUACUAGAUGGCCUUGCAUACAUCCAUCAGCAGGGUAUGAUUCAUAGAGACCUGAAGCCUGUCAACAUAUUCCUUGACUCACAGGACCAUGUGAAGAUUGGAGACUUUGGUUUAGCUACAGACCAUCCUGCUAAUGUGGCUGCAGGUAAAUUUGAAGUGGAGGAGAGUGGCUCAGCAGUGAUUUCCAAACCAGAUCCAACAGGUAACAUGACAGGCAUGGUUGGUACUGCCCUCUAUGUCAGUCCAGAGGUUCAAGGAAACACUAAAGCCACCUAUAAUCAAAAAGUAGACCUGUUUAGCCUGGGCAUCAUCCUGUUUGAGAUGUCCCACCGGCCCAUGACCACGGGGGCAGAGCGCAUCUCUGUCCUGAGCCAGCUACGUGAGGAGCCCAUCAUCUUCCCUGAGGACUUCACCGCGCAUGAGCAAGGAUCACAAAGGAGAGUGAUAGAGUGGCUACUGAACCACGACCCUGCCCUGCGGCCCACCGCCCAGGAACUGCUGAAGAGCGAGCUGCUGCCUCCGCCACAGAUGGAGGAGUCAGAGCUGCAUGAGGUGCUGCAGCACACCAUGGCCAAUAUCAAUGGCAAGGCCUACCGCACCAUGGUGGGCCAGCUGUUUGCUCAGACGACCUCUCCAGUGAUGGAUUAUGCCUAUGACAUGGACCUGCACAAGGGCAGCUUCAACUUCAGCAGUGCAAAAUUGCAGCAGUAUGUGCAUGAAACAAUCACCAGGAUCUUCAAAAAGCACGGUGCGGUGCGUCUCCAGACACCGCUGCUCCUCCCCAGAAGAAAGAAGCUGUUUGAUGGCAGCGAGCCGACCUGCUUCAUGGACCACAGUGGAAUGCUGGUUACUCUGCCCUAUGACCUUCGUAUGGCGUUUGCAAGAUUCGUCGCUCGGAAUAAUGUAACACAUCUGAAGAGGUAUAGCAUUGAACGCGUUUUCCGCCCCAAAAAACUGGAUCGGUCACACCCGAGGGAGCUUCUGGAGUGUGCCUUCGACAUCAUCACACCUGUUACCAACACCCUGCUUCCUGAUGCCGAGACCAUUUACACCAUCUCUGAAAUAGUCCAGGAAUUCCCCGGACUUCAGGAAAGGAACUAUAACAUUUACCUGAACCACACCAGCUUGUUGAAGGCCAUCCUGCUCCACAGCGGAGUCCCUGAGGACAAACUGAGCCAGGCCUCCAACAUACUGUGUGACGCCAUGAAUGAAAAGUUGACCAAACGUGAGGUUGAGGCAAAGUUCUGCAACUUUUCACUGUCAACCAACAGUUUGCAGACGCUGUACAAGUACAUAGAUUUGAAGGGGGAUCUGCAGGACCUGGUGCCACUGCUGACAUCACUCACCAAACAGAAGACUGCCGUCACUCAGCUGGCCAAGCAAGGCCUCAAGGACCUCGAGGAGGUCACAAUGCUGCUGCGUAGACUGGGAGUUAAACUGCAGGUGGUGGUGAAGUUAGGCUUAGUAUACAAGGUGCAACAUCACUCUGGGGUCAUCUUCCAGUUUGUGGCUUUCGUUAGGAGACGCAAGAGAACUGUACCUGAGAUUGUGGCCGCUGGAGGACGAUAUGACCAUUUGAUCCUGCAAUUUCGACGGGGAGCUUCCACAGUGCCGGUGCCCUCUGCAGUGGGAGCCAGUGUGGCCCUUGACAAAGUCUUUGCUGCUAUUGCAAAUAUGGAGGAGCCACCGUCAGUGAGUUCCUGCGAUGUGCUGGUGGUCCCAAUUGGGCAUUCUUCAAUGACAAGAGCCAUUAAUGUUGUCCAGAAGCUGUGGAGCGCUGGCAUUUCCACAGACAUCGCCUACGAUGUCUCACAGUCUCAGGAGACGUUGUUGGAGCACUGCAGGCUAGCUGGCAUCAGCUGCAUGGCCCUGGUCUCUGACAAGGAGGGAAACCACGUGAAGGUCAAAUCCUUUGAGAAGGACAGACAGUCUGAGAAGCGGAUUCCCGAGUUUGACUUGGUGGACCACAUCAUUCAGAAAUGUCGGACCAAAUUCUUUGAGGAAAGAAACACCAGAGAAAUCCCCGAAAGCAUGUCUCUUCAGAACCCUAAAGGAUCCCUGCUCAACACCUCAGGCUCUUCAGAACAGCAUGGGUGCAGCGGCAACAUGAACAUGAAUGUGAACGUCAUCAGCCCGGAAAAAGUUUCUUCCAGUGCCAGACGCCGAUAUGAGACUCAGAUCCAAACCAGAUUACAGAAUCUCGGUAGCAAUUUGCAAAACAAGAGCAAUGACAUUGAGAUUCUGGCAGUGGACCUGCAGAAGGAAACACUGAUCAACUUCCUGUCCCUGGAGUUUGAUAGUGAAGACCAGUUCAACAGCAGCGUGAAGACUCUGCUGUCUCGCCUCCCGAAGCAGCGUUACCUAAAGUCCAUCUGCGAUGAGAUCCACCAUUUCAGAAUCGUAAAGAAGGUGGGUGUGCUUGUCUUGUACAGCUACAGGGAUGACUACUAUAAGAUCCUUCUCUGAAAACCCAACGGUUCCAGUGGCCUGGGAGAUGUCCCGCUUGGCUUGAGGCUCAGUAGAUUCCCAGAGACUGUUCAUCUCGGGACCCGCAGAAUCUGCUUGAGGAUUGACAGGUUUUCCCUUUGGAAUCCCAAAAGACACAAAUGAUUACUGGUUUUUUUUGUUUGUUUGUUUGUUUUUUGUUUUUUCUCUGCCAUGUUGAAUGGUAACUCAGCUGUUUGAUCCCAAAUCUACAACUUUCCCAAAACCUUCCAGUAUUUUGUGGUUUUCUCUCAGACUGGACACUGGACACAGGUUUGCUGGACUUUUUUGCCUUAAACAGCAGCAGAAAUUGAAGUGCAGAGGGCUUUUUACUGAAGAAUGUGUCAUGAAAGCAGCACAUUUCUAAUUAGCAACAGGAAUGAUAGUAGAAAUAAAGCACUUUUGGAGCUGUGA